AUGUCGCCAAUUUCAAUUGCUCAAAAUAAUGAUGCCAUCUAUGGUCAACAAACAAAAUCAUUAAAAUCAUUUGAUGAAUUAUUACAAAAAAUUCAAAAAUUGUUUGAAUCAAAUGAAAUUGAUGUUGAUCAAUUAAAACAAUUAAUGCAAUCAUAUGAAAGUAAUCCAGCUGAUUGGAUUAAAUAUGUAAAUCUUUCAAAAGAACGUUAUACACGUGUAUUAAUUGAUGGUGGUAAUGGAAAAUAUAAUCUUAUGUUAUUAUGUUGGCCAGCUAAUACUGGUUCAUCAAUACAUGAUCAUCCGGAUUCUCAUUGUAUUCUUAAGGUUCUUGCUGGAACUGUAUCCGAAGUACGUUAUUGUUGGCCAAAAGAUAGCUAUAAAGAUGAUCAUUGUGAUGGUGGUAUUGGUGGAAAUGAUGAUCAUCAGAAUGGUGAAGAAGGUAUGAUUAUUGCUGAUGAAAAUCGUUUGCAAACACAAAAUGUUGCCUAUAUUAAUGAUUCGAUUGGUUUGCAUCGUGUUAUGAAUCCUGAUCCAACAAUGCCAGCAUUUUCUUUACAUUUAUAUAGUCCACCAUUUGAUUAUUGUCGAAUAUUUGAUGAAAAAACUGGUAAAUAUCAAACAAUUAAUGUUGGUUUUGAUCCAAAAGAAAUUGAAGCUGUAAAAUAUCGUGUUAAACGUCGUACUGCUGCUGCUAAUAAUAGUAACUGUGAUAUAAAUCAUCAUCAUCAUCAUAAUCAUCCACAUCAAAAUUCAUUUGGUAGUAAAGAUGUUUUGGUAUUCGAAAUGGAUCAUAAUCCAAAACAUCGUCAACAACAACAGGAUGGUAAAACACGUUCCUAAAUCCAUCAUAUUCAUCAUUAUAAAUAAUGCAUAAUAUUUUUUUGUUUUUGAUUGAAUUUGGACUUUAUUUUUUGUUUCUUCUUUGGCAAUAUAUUCGUUAUAAGUUUUUCUUCUGCUUUCUUUCUUCAUGUUAAUCAAAUAUAUCCAGUAUAAUUUAAAGUUUUUCUUUUCUUCUUUUUUUCGUUAUAAUAAUAAUAAAA